AUGGACGUAGCGGCGAUGCAGCGACGGCGACAGCAGUUCGUCCACCGCCUGCAGGUCCAGCAGCAGCAGCAAGGUACGCACCACCAGCCGCUGCCACCGCCGCCGCCGCCGCUGCCGCACCAGCAGCAGCAGCACCAGAACAGCAACAGCAGGGCUACCGGCGGCCGCAGGUGCUGCCCGCUGCGGCGGUCGCGGAAGGGGUGCAUGAAGGGCAAGGGCGGGCCGAACAACCAGCAGUGCCCCUACCGCGGCGUCCGCCAGCGGACCUGGGGCAAGUGGGUGGCCGAGAUCCGCGAGCCCAACCGCGGCGCGCGCCUCUGGCUCGGCACCUUCGGCAGCGCGCACGAGGCCGCGCGCGCCUACGACAACGCGGCCAGGCAGCUCUACGGCGACUGCGCGCGCCUCAACCUGAAGCUGCCAGUGCCUCCUCCGGCGGUUGCGGUUGCGGCGGCGGCAGGCGGAGGAGGACCGGCGGCGGUCGUGGUAUCGUCUCCGUCCCUGCCUGACACCGUGGCUGCUGGCCCUGCUGCUGCUGGUGGUGGUGGGCACAACCGCCACCACCAGUACCUCCAGCAGCAGCAGGCCACCAUGGCGUCGGCGCCCAUGAUGAUGAUGCAGUACUCCUCCAGCUACUCCGCCGAUGCGUCGUCGUCCAACUCCGACUCCUUCUCCAACUCCUACUCCAGCUCGUCGCCGGUGACGACCAUGACGGCCUCGCCCACCUACAACUACAACCACCACCAGACGAUCCAGAUGACGCCGCCACCACCGUCGUCAUGCGGCGGCGUGAUGACGGCGCCCACCGUGCCUCAGGCGCAGCAGGGCUGCCACGUUGACGACGCCACCACCGUCACCACCACGAUGGAGAUGCAGCGUCACCAGCAGAUGCUGCGCGAGCUGGCGGCGGCGCCUCUGCACCAGGAGCCCGACGACUUCGAGGACUUCAUGACGCGGCUGCCCAGGGCGGAGGACUUCGGCCUGCAGGGCUUCCAGGAGGUGGCCCCCGAGGUGUUCGACGAAGCCGCCGGCAUCUGGGACCACGCCGCCGCCGCCUGGUCGACCCCCGCCACCAUGAUGAUCGACUCCGCCGCCGGCGCCGCCCAGCACCAGCCGCAGCAGGUCGUCGUCCCUCUUUGA